UAACGCGCACCGUGCAUGUGCGAUACAUUUGCUGUAACUUUUUACAUUUUAUAUCCAUUUUAGUCAAUAUAUCCAAAUCGCUCAUGUGUAUAUAAAUUCGUAACAUUUCUUAAAACUGUCGAGCUUACUUUUGGCAACAGCAAAUUAAUUAGUCAUAAGCAUGGUCAUGGAAAGCCGAGACCCAGACCCCCAGUGUGUUGGACGCGAGUUUGUGAGGCAGUACUACACUCUACUGCAUGAGGCUCCUCAACAACUGCACAGAUUUUACAGCAACAGUUCCUGCUUUAUCCAUGGUGGUGUGGAGAAGCCAGGUGAAGAACAGUACCCCUGCCGGGGUCAAGCGGAUAUCCAUGAGAAGGUGAUGUCCCUCAAGUUCAUGGAUUGUCAUGCUAAGAUCCGGCAAGUGGAUAGCCAGGCAACUGUAGGGAACGCUGUUGUUGUUCAGGUCACUGGGGAGCUCUCAAACAAUCGCCUACCCAUGCGACGCUUCAUGCAGACCUUCGUACUGGUUCAGCAGUCCCCCAAGAAGUACUAUGUUCACAACGACAUCUUCCGCUACCAGGAUGAAGUUUUUCAUGACAACGACACAGACACUGAGCGAGAGGAGGAAGCUGCAGGUUUGUCUGAUUCAGAUACAUGUGAAAGCCUUCUUGGAGGUCAGGAGAUGGGGACGUCCCAUGAUGAAGAUGUUGGGGUCAGUUUUGAGCAGCCCUCAACUGCAACUCUCAGCAAUGGAACAUCCCACUUGGACGACCAUGUGGAUGCCCCAGAUGUCGGUGAAGCUCCAGCAGAGGAGGUUGCUGAACCUGAGGAAGAGGACAACCCUGUGGAAGAAGACCCGCCAAAACCUGAGCCACCAUCACCGGAGCCUGAGCCCCAAGAACCGGAAGUUCCAGAUCAGACCCCAGGAGAACCUAUGAUGAUGCCCGAGUUUCUUGAUGUUGGAAAGAAACCGGCAUCAACGUUUUCCUGGGCAGCUCUCGCCAGCAAGAACCCUGGCCCAAUGGGUAGUGCUCAGCCAUCGCCAAUGGUGAAUCAAGCAGUCGUGAAGGCAACACCAAAGCCUGUUGUUCCUGAUGUCAAGCCGGUGGACAUGAGUGGAAACGGACCUCCCCAACCCCAAAGAGCACCAAGGUCAACACGAGACCGAUCUGGAGCUGUCCGAGAACGUGGUAGCCAAGGUGGAAGUAUUGGUCGUGGAGAAGGAGACAGUGGAGAAGAAAAUGUUAGGAAAACUUUACGCUAUCCCGAUAAGCUUCAACUUUUUGUCGGUAAUUUACCACACAAUACACAAGAACAAGAAUUAAAAGACUAUUUUUCAGAUUAUGGCAAUGUUAUCGAUUUAAAAAUCAACACUAAAGCUGGUGCGGGUAAAACUGUACCUAAUUAUGGUUUCAUUGUUUACGACAGUCCUGAAUCGGUUGGUGCAGCAUUAAAAGGAAAUAUGACGAAAAAAUUUAGGAAUGAUCACCGUUUAAAUGUUGAAGAGAAAAAGACUAAUAGGCCAGGGAGUGGAAGAGGUGGUGAUCGUGGUGGUCGCGGAGGUGAUCGAGGUGGUUUGAGUCGUGGAGGUGGACCUGGGCGCGGAGGGGGUAGGACAGGUCCACCUGGGGGAGGAGGAGGUGGUCCCAGACCAGACAACAGAGGUGGUGACCGUGGUGGAAGGGGUGGAUUUGCUGGCCCUCGACGUUAAAAAAUGUGACGGUCCAUGGUGCUUAAUUGGAAGUAUGCAAUUCUGCCUAUUCCUGGAGAAUGUUUCAGUGUUGGAUGAUUUGGCUUGGUGAUGUUUAUCUCUUCCAAGUCGAGUUAUGAAAGUAUAAAGAGAUUGCUUGAAACUUUUCCUCGAAUGUGUACCAUGCUACAUCAGUUGAUUUAUCUUGUCGAUAAGUUCGAACCUCGGAUAAGUUUACAGCUGUGUAUCAUUCCUUUACACAGGACACCAAGUAUCCAAUGCAACCAAUUUGUUCUAACUGUAAUAAUUAUUGUAAAUAAUAGUUACUGAAAAUACAAUUGUGUCGGAUGUGAAGUAAUAACGGGUCUUUGGAUAGAAUUGGUUGGCAUUGGUGGGUAACUUAUUGUGUAUAAAGGUUCAUAUUUUAUUGUAUGCUACAGAAUUGCAUAUUUUCCUACCCUUUUUAGUUCUGUGUUCAGAGUCAAAUUUGUGUAAAAUAUAACAACCGGCUUGUUACUUUGGUGUAUUCAGGUCGCUAUUGAAAGAAGGUAAGAGCUCUGAAGCAAAUCAUAUGCUAUAAAAGGUGAAUAAAGGUGGUACUUUUCCAUGUUGUACCUUCUAAAUUGUUUUAAAAAAUGAAAGUAAAAUGUGAUUUUGGUAGAACAGCAAAAUUUAUUUAAACAGAUGAAUUGUCAACUAAGUUCUAUGCAAAUUACAGUGUAAUAAUCCUGACUUUCAAUCGUGUUUGCUUUACCUCGCUUCCUCCAGAGCGCAUCUUUAAAAACGACGAGUUACAGCAUAAUGAUGAGAAUCUUGAUCCUAUUUACCACCUCCUUGAACAGUGUUACCACAUCUGCAUGUCGUUCAAAGCAAAAAAUAUGCCUGAAAGUCUAGUUCAUAAUUUAUGAGAAUCAUUUCAGGAAGUUGAGGCCUUAAUUUUUUAGCAUUGUCAUCCAAGUCAGUGUUAGCAUUCGUGGGGAUAGAGAGACUGAGCUCGAGGUGGGGAGACAUUGGGGUCCUCUGUUGUUGUAAUGUGGGUGUGGGUUCAACGAACUGGACAGCUCUAUCCAGACUUUGCUGGCAAUUUCAUUUGGAGCGCAGGUUGAUGGUUCGUUGCUAGAUAUUUAUGUAAAUUUCUCUAAGACAUGCUAACACUGUGAUAAUCUUGGUAGGUGCGAAUUUUGAGAGAUCAAAUAUUUUCUUAUUUUCUAUGGAUUUGCAUUUACUGACAAGAGUGAUGUCAACAUUGGGCUGGCUAGUACCGAAUGUGAGGCUUGUGCAGAAAAAUAAUGAUUGCACAUGCUUUGCCAGUCGGCUUAGUUGAUAGUAUUUCAAUGAACCACACCUGCAAGUAUCUUUAUUUCCUGCACUCAGUUGUGUUGGUAGUAUAUUGUCCUGUGUCAAUGUUCUUUGUUUUAUUGCUUUAUGGUUAUUAUAUAUUUAUAAGAGCACAUGGACUCCAAUGCCCUGACACUUUAUUUCAUUGCUUAAGUCAUUGAAAUGAUUCAUAUGCAUGGUGAAAUCCAAAAUACGAUUGGCUCCAUUUUGACGCAUUCUGUGAGAUAAAUGUACCGACUAAACGUGGCUAAGUAAUCAUCGUCGAAGUGAGGUGGGAUGAAUACACAGGGUAAAUGUACAAGCGGCAUGGUUUAGAAUGUGAAAGUACAUUUGUGUGUCCGUACUAGCUAGCUAUUCAUGGGGAUAGUGCUAUUUAUAUCUCUCAAAAUAACAUUGAUUACUUGUCGUUUCAAGGCCUGCAAGUCCUGUUCUGUGUUUCUGUGAAUAGUACUUCUGUUUCACUCUCAUCAUGUGCAUUGUAUAGUUUUUUGCAUUUAUAAUGCUAGUACAUGUGGAACUGAGAGCAAGUAAAUCUGGACUUCUCCAUUACUGCCACCAUCUUGCACUCAUUACCGAUAUUUAUUGGUCACAAUUGAUCAUUGUUCAUUGCUGUUUGUAACGAGAUGCUUGCUUUACUCUAAUCAUGUAUGAAGUAUUUGGAGAAAUGCGGAACUGCAACUGUUGUAAAUGUCAAGGGUUAUGGACUGAAUGGUUCAACUUGCAGUUCCUGUUGAUCCAGAGGGAAAAGAGCAGAAUUAAAAUAAGAUUGAAUUGUGCCAACCAUGAGAAAAUCUGUCCAGUGAACUGAUAGGUACAUCGACAACAUCUUUGGUAGUGAUGGUUGAAAAUUGUAACAUCCAUAACCAGAUAUCAGGUAAACUGCAGUGGUCUCCAGUUUUUCUCGUGGGAUGGUCCGUAUUCAAGUGUGUUCGGUCGUGAUAAGAGUACUUAGUUGUAUAUUUCGUGUGUAUAGCCAGCCAAACAUGAACCAGUACCAGCCAAUGCAGAGUGAUAAAACCUCAUGCUCGCACUCCUGUUUUCAAAUUUUAAUUGUUGAAUUGGUGGCUGGGUUCAUUUGUUGGCAUUUCCGUUUCCGCAACACUCAAGUUUUAUAGAAUCAUUGUAUGUAUUGCAAAUAAACUCAUUCAUUACGAGAUGGCUGUGUCGUAUACAGGAAUUCAUUUGAAAUAAGUUUCCUUAUUGGGUCCAAAAAACGAGUGGACACAGUAUGCUUCCGCUUGGUACUGGAUGAGUUUAGCUCAAAACUACUGGCUAAAUGUGCUGUAAAUGAGGUUACCAUUACUACUUUGCCUGUUACAUUUAAAAUAGGUAUGGUUGUUUCAGAAAUAAUGCCAAAUGGUAUUUAAUAAAACAUCUUUCAGAAGGUGAUUCCUUUUGAUUAAUUGUACAUACAUGUGGGGCAUGAAAUUAACUUCUUGCUCAUGCCAUUUCAUUUUGCUUAUAUUUGAUUUGGUGUUAUAAAUCCACUUUCUGUUAAUAAGUAAUAACUCUGCCAAACAUACUAUCAGCUUAUCAUCAAAUACCACCAGCUGAAGUUAAUUUCUUGCCCUUGAAUUGUAAGAAUAAACUCCCAAGAUGUUUCAGAAAGAACCUCCUGUGAUUAAUUCUUGGCUGCCUGCUUCAACGCUUAUUCUGUAUAUUGCAUAAAACGGUGCUUGUGACGAUCAAAAUGCUGUCGAUGCGAUUCACUUUGAAUAUGAUAUUCUUAAAUUAGUUUUUGGCCGCAGUGUUUCUUGGGAGGUAAAAUAUUGAACGAGUGAAGAUGUAGGCAGCCAUGUUGGUCUGUUUGUUGAUACACUUUCUGUCAAGUUCAAACUGACUAAGCAAGUUGUGGGAUUUGUGUUUGGUUUUUUACCGUAACUUGGUUCCUGUAUCUGGGUUAAGGUAAAUAGGUAUUUUGAACAUAUUGCUUCCUAAAUGAGUGAUAACAAGUGAUAUGAUUUUAAAAUUGAAAUUUUUCUGCUCGAAUUACUAUAGCAAUAGUCCUCUUCUUUUGUGAUGUUACAACGGUACUACUGCAACUCACCUUAAAGGUCAUUAAAAUGUCGAAAUGGUUUCCCAUAUCUGUUUCCCCCUUGCAUCUUUAUGACAGAUUUGUUGAACUAAAAAUAAAAUUAAAAUUUUUCCUUAGUAAUGCAUGAAAUGCGCUUUAACUAGUUAGCUUGAAUUGUUUAAACAUAUCAACAAUUUUGGAAUCCUUGAUUUAAAAAAACUAAACUGUAAAACAUCUUUUUGAAGCAUCAUUUCUCAUUCCCUAAAGCUCUUGAAACCUGUUCUGCAUUUCUCUUUUAAACUCUUCCUGACGUUUGAUUUGAUAAGUCACCGACAAGUAACAUAAAAAUGCCCUAUCCUUUUGCAAAAAAGGUUGGCUGUUAAGUUUUCCAGUGGUGAUUCAAUAAAAUAUGUAGACUCGCCAGAAUCCUUUGUCCAAUGUAAUAUAUUUGGGUGAAGUGAAAUAAAAAUCCUUCUACCUGCACAAAUGACUCAAGGUUGUGUCUGAUACCAUGUAAUCACCACUGUGGUUUCUACAUGUAUAGGUAGAACAGGUUUCAUCUGCAUACCAGAGGUCGAGUAGAAGUCUUUCAUUGUAUAGUUUGCUCAUUUUCAUUCGCAUUCAAAUCCACAAGGAAUUGUAUUCAUUAUUCUUCAUCGAACUAAUCACAUUUGUAAAUAGUUUUGCAUGACCCUGUGGUCUUGUUUCAUAUGUAGGAUUUUUAUACAAGGCAAAAAAAAUUGGAAUAAUUUGAUCUGAUUCUGUUGGUUGAGUCCACUUAUCUUGUAGCCUCCUGCACACUCUUGGAGGGUGUGGGUUACUUUUAAACAAUAAGAUAAAAUAGUCUUCUUUCAGAAGGCACCUGUUGCAUUAAAGCAAUUGAAACCAAAAGUGAUGUGAGUAUUACCCUCCACGGGUGUAGCUUAAUUGUAGGCCAAAACUGAGGCAGCAGUCAAGGUUUUGGGAGGAUGUCAUGAAAAUGUUCAGGUUAGCUAAGACUUUUCAGUGUUGUUAACUUUAAUCUGCAUUGGAGAACAAAAAAUAUCAAACAUUGGGCCAGAACAGUACUUAAUUUCUUUUUCAACGCCUCUCUGUGCUGAUGAAAGACUUUUGGUGCAUGUCUGGCAUUGUUACCAAUUAUCUGAGAGGUGCAUCUUGGUCUCCAUGAUUAGAAAUGAUCAUCUCAUUGUGUUGACAUCAAGAUAUUGUCCUCAAAGGGUUUCAAAUAUUUCCAUUUAAAGUCUAAGCCAGUUCAAGAGUUGAGUAACUACUAAAGUUGAUGUUUAUGAACUACAUUUAAUGCCUGAUAUCAAAAAAGGAGGCCCAGAUCAACCCAGAUUUUCAUGAAGAUUAUUCAUCAUUGUAAAAUUAUUGUGUGCUACUGCUGUGGUAAUCAUACUGUGUUGGCAUUAAAUGUUGUGAACAAGUCUGCCAACAUGCAGUCGUGGACAAGAGAAUGAAAUCCUUUUGCAACCCUGAAGCACUGUAUAAAGUAGUAUGAAGUACACAUUUGGUUCUGACCAACUUUGUGUUGGAAGUAUGGUCAAUCUAUGCUGAAAUUAAUCGUUUUUAAAAUGGAAAGUACAUUUGCUAAAAUUCUGGGCUGCCAAAGUAAAUGGAUAACAGUAUGUGGACAUGAUCGUAGCUGUAUAAUCAAGAUCACCACAUCAUACCAUUAUAAAUGUUUCUAUUGAUAACUCGGCCUCUAUUUCUUGGUUAUGGUGCUGCUUUUAGUUGAACGCGAAACUUUUGAGAAUGGUCAUAGAUACAUGCAUUACUUAAUUUUCAUACAAGAGGCUGUUCUCUAAGUUUCUCAUUCAGCUUAGAUUGGCUCAUAUUCACCACUUUCUGGCAAAGCACCGCUGCCUUCAGUUGGAAGGAAAGGAUUACCAGAAGUGUCAAUUCAUGAGCUUGAUUGCUCUGCUGUAUUCGUGAGUGGUUACUGAUGCAGUUUAGAAAGCGUCAUUAAGUAAUGGUGUAGUUUCCCACCAAAAGUUGUUUAUAGUGAAUUAAACAAGUGUUCGAAA